CACUUAUUGUUCAUUUGUCCACCGACGAGAGACAGUAUCUCGCAAGAGCAUCACGAAGUAAAACGUAUCCUUCUGACCAUGCUUGUGAAUAAGAUAGACCCAUUAUGUGCGUAUGUUUAAACACGAACAAAGACGAGUAAAAUCCACAAUGGGUAUGGCAGUGACUAUAGAUCCAACCAAGAUCCAACAAGACUGAACAAGACCAAACGAGUGAUGCCAGAACUCGGUGGUUUGAUGAAUGCUCAGGAAAGUUUCAACAAUUUCUUCUUUAUCGACCUCGUCGGCGCCGCAUCCACCGACGAGUUACCGACUUAUCGACCCACCGCCAGGGGUAUACUGGCGCCAUCUAUCAGGAGGUCGCGGAAACUCUUCCACAAGUAGUUUCCGCUGUUUUCGUAUAGAUGGCGCAAUGGUCGAAUAAUUAAAUUGUUAUUAACUGUUAUUAACGUUUUGAUUUGUAAACUAAUUUGAAAUUGUAAAAAUAAAGGCUUUCUAUCUCUUCCAAAGUGGACUGGGGGCUAAUUAGUUCGCGUUACAGCAGGAAAUACAAGAGUUUAGAAAACCUGCUCGAAACUAUUGGUGGUCUCGUCGCAAUUCUUUUAACAUAUGUUAGGUUUUUCAACCGGCUAAAUGUAAACAUGAUGCGUAUGCAUAAUCUGGUAUCAAUGAACUCUUAGUGAUAGAGUAGUCAUUAAAUAUUCAUGAGUUACAUGAAUUUGUACGUAAUAAGUAUCUACAAUUUCAUUCCAAAGCCUGGGAGAGAUUGUGCCACAUCGCUUCUGAUCGCAUCAGAGUCGAGCGUAUGUACACAGACUGAUACAGACAAUGUUAAAAUUAUAUUAACGAAGAUUUAAAUACAAAGAUGCAGUGGCCGUCGUUUACUCUUAUAUUGACCGAAGUAUUUUUAGCUUUUAUUGCUUAUUCAAUUUAUAGUUUGUCUUUGUUGUUUGUGGCACCAGUUUGCGAGGAAGGCAAAUCAUGCUUAACGUCAUACUUGAAUCAACAGCCACAAGUACAGUUACAGGUGUACAGUUCUGUUGAUAAAUAUCCCUCAGAUCGACAGAUCGAUUUUGUGUAUGGCAAUGAAAAUUUUAAUUAUACACACUCAGAUAACUUUCCUUUGACUUUGACCAUUCCACGCAAAACACGAAACAAUGGAACAUUGUUUCUACAUAUUAUCAUUGCACCAAGUUCUAAAAGAUAUGGAAAAAGUAUCAUGGAUGCACAAAGGGAUCCAUAUGUAUCUUAUACAAGUAUUAAAAUGACUCAAUAUAUGGUACCUGAAGCAGAAGUUUUUAAUCUACUAGGUGAAAAAGAAUCUCGGGUAAAAAAGAAGAAAACAAAUUCAAUGCAACCUGUGACUCAUCUCAAAAGCCGUGUAACUUUCACGAUAAUGACCGAUGAUGCGAAGCUUCCUGUGAAUAAUGUACCAAUGGAGCUUGUUAAUCACUUGAAGAUUAUACACGGGAAAACAUUUUUACCUAUAGUCAAGUGUGAUUUCCUACAAACCAGACAUCAUGAUUUGGUAAAAAUCAUGCCUCAGAAUGACACAGUCAAUAUCACCUUACAGUACUCUCCAGUUUCUCUUGGAAAGUUAAGACUGUUGCUACACGUGGAAGCUACUAUGCAGAGCUUAAAAAAUCUCGGAUUUUCUGAUAAAGAUGUAAACGAAGUAAAAGGAAUUUUUGCAGACACUAAUAUAUAUAUCUUGGGAGGAACUUUCUUUAUUGCAGCCAUUCAUUUGCUGUUUGAUUUUCUUGCCUUUAAAAACGAUGUCAGUUAUUGGAGGAGAAAAAAUAAUCUUGUAGGCCUUAGUAAAUGGACUGUUAUAUGGAGAGGAUUCAGUCAAACUAUCAUUUUUCUGUACUUGUUAAAUGAAGGUUCUUCUUUGCUUGUUCUUAUUCCUACUGGGAUUGGAUCCAUUAUUGAGAUAUGGAAAUUAAAGAAGGUAUUAAAGUUUAAAUUUAACAGGGACAAUAAUAUUAAUAUAGCUGAAGCUAAAACAAGACAGUUCGAUGCAGAAAGUAUGCAUUACUUAAGUUACUUGUUAUACCCUCUUGUCAUUGGUGGUGCAAUAUACUCCUUGCUCUAUCAGCCUCAUAAAAGCUGGUACUCGUGGAGUAUAAAUUCCUUAGUAAAUGGUGUCUAUGCGUUCGGAUUUUUAUUUAUGCUUCCUCAGCUUUUCGUGAAUUAUAAACUAAAAUCUGUGGCACAUUUACCAUGGCGAACGUUCAUGUACAAAGCAUUUAACACAUUUAUCGACGAUGUGUUCGCAUUUAUAAUUUCCACGCCGACCGCGCAUAGAAUAGCUUGCUUCAGAGAUGACGCAGUUUUUCUUGUUUAUCUUUAUCAGCGAUGGCUGUAUCCAGUAGACAAGUCUCGCCCAGAUGUUGACUGUAUUGGUGAGGAAUCUGUUGACUUUAAUAGUGUGAACAAAAAAUUGGAUUAAAAUAAAAAUUUAUUUUAUUGCUAUUUAUAUUUCUAUUAUGUUUAAUACAAGAUAGCACUAUUAAACAAUAUUGUUUGUAUUAGUAAUGAACAUAUGAUACGAACAUGCUUAAAUGUUACAGCAUUCAAAUUUUUAUAAAGCUGGUUUAGAUUCUGUUAAGGAAGCUUGAAAUACCAGUAUCCUUUAGUGUUACAUAACAGAAGAGUAAUCAUUUAAAAAUAAAUAAAAUUUGCUAUGAAUAAUAUUUUAUUUUGUAUUUUAGAUAAAAUUUCUGUUAUGAAUUAUGCAGUAUAUUAUUUUGAAUGUAAUAAUAUCACAUGUAAAGUGAAAACAAAAUCCCUCAGGCUUUUAGAUAAGAUUAGAUUAUAUUCAGUUUUAUUUCAUUUAAUCUCUUCACAGCGACCUUUAACAUUAUUUCCUAUGACACUGUAAUAAUGCAGAAUUUGAGAUUUCAAUGUUUUUACAUUCCAUGUAUGCUGUAACAAAUUAAGUGUAUGUGUUAUGUAAUUUUUUCUCGAGAUUAUUUCCAAGGUCACGUAACACUAUUUAAGUGGUACAUGAAAUGAUGAACAAUCUGCUAGUAUAGUAGUAGUCAGCAUUCGUACAUGAUUGACGUUUCGGUUUAAAGCAACAUUUAAACUGCGUAAAAAGAAAAUAAAACGCGUGAAUAAAUCGGACAUAGAUUAAGACGUUCAAAAGCAAAUAUGAUCUAUUAUGAACGAUUACUAUUGAAAUCCAUCAUUACGAAUCUUGUAAUUGUAUCUGUUAUCUUAUAUUGUUAGAUAAGUGUACCAAUCACAAUGUCAAAAGCGAUAAAGAUAAGAAAUUUUGAUUAAA